GCUAUAUAAUGGGAUGGAUUAGACUAGAAGGUCUCACUGUAAGUAAGUUCUGUACAGAGGCACGGUGAAGGGGACACUUUCUCUCAGCAUGAUAAUUGCUACAACCGCCAUGGGCUCACUGAAAUCACCUGGACUGUCCCUUCUGCUGCUGUCUUUUCUUCUUUACAUAGCUGAUUCCUAUCCCAACAUUGAUUUAUCAAACAUGGGCUGUGAAGAAUGCACGUUGAGAAAGAACAAUCUUUUCUCAAGGGAUCGUCCGGUUUACCAGUGCAUGGGCUGCUGCUUCUCCAGAGCAUACCCAACACCUCUCAGAGCCAUGAAGACAAUGAAUAUCCCAAAAAACAUCACGUCAGAGGCGACGUGCUGCGUCGCAAGGCACAGCUACGAGAUCGAGAUAGCUGGCAUUAAGGUGAGAAACCAUACAGACUGCCAUUGCAGCACCUGUUACUUUCAUAAGAUAUGACAGAUGGGGACUGGGGACCGUUCUGCAUCCUUCGGCUUGGCAACACGUUGUGUUUCUUUUAAUACGCACACGCUUUACUCUGUUUUAAAAUGCAUGUGUUUGUGUUUCCUGAAUAUAUUUCACAGUAAUUCUGUGGCUGUGAUGUGUCAUUAACCUACAUUUUUUGCCUUAUUUGUAUUUGAAAAAUCGUGGAUUUGAAAAACGAUUAAAAUGUGCAACAAGA